UCGCAGGACGUCGCUGCCUCAGUCGCCGCCAUUCGCUCUCUCCGGCCGCGCGGGGGCGCCACCCGCACUCGCAGUCGCCAAAAAGGACAUUCCGACGUUGCGCCAACGCUAACGCCACUCGCUUCGUUACUCGCACUCGCACUCGGUUUUCGAGAUUCUCGGACUCGUUUUGCAGCCCGAGAUUCCGAUUCCCGAUUCCGAUUUCGAUUCUUGGCCAUAGUUUCAGUCGGCGAGCCAAAAAGCAGCCUGCCAGUCGAGAGCGCCUUUCCCAGAAAACCCAGAGCCCAGAGCCCAGAACCCAGAACUUGGGGCUCAGAACUCACAACUCAGAGGCCAAGAAGAUUGGCACUUCCUAAAGUUUAACGGUACCGCAGUGCGUUUUUAUUACCGCCGCCUCCGCUGCCUACGCAUCUACAUAUAUACAAGUACAUAUCCGUGUGUAUGCGCACACGGACACGCAGUGGUGUGCGUGCGGGGGGCGGGGGCAUGCGAAUGUGAGUGAGUGUGAGUGCGUGUGGGCUGAGCGGUCGCGCGUGUUUAAUUAAUCAUAAAAUCUACAUCUCGAGCCGCAAAAGUAAAAAGUAACUCGCCAGCAAACAAAAAACCCAAAAACAAAUCCAAACGUUGAAGGAACGGAAAGAGAGGGUGAAAGCGGGAGGGGAAUGGCGAGAGGGGGCGUUAUGUGCAAUAAACUCGAUUUUGGACCCAACUGAAUCCUGUGCGAAAACCAACGCUCUGCUUUGCCGACGGCAUCCGUGAGAUACUUAACCCCAAAAAGAUGGUGAACAAAGGAUAGUAAAAACUAACGGAAGGAAAAGGAGCACGGCGCCAAAAUCACGGAGCGGUCCAUGAUCAGACCUCAGCGGCAAUUGGGAUCAGGAGGUGAGCGCUUCCGAUCGAGAGGAUAAUGUGUUCAAUAUUUCGCAACCGCAUCAAUUACCGUGGCACUGGCGGUACGAGGAGCGGCAGCGGGGAGCGGGACAGGGAUCGCGAUCGGGAGAGGGACAGGGACAGGGAUAGGGAGCGGGACAGGGACAGGGAUAGGGACGCCCUGCUGGCCAAGGAGCUGGAUGCGGAUAGCAACAACAAUGGCACCGAGCCGCAAAUGGAGACGCAGGCGGUUCCGGAGUCCGAGGAUGCGGAAAGGGAGUUGGCCGAGGAUCAGGACCGGGAUCUGGAGAACAGCAACGAGGCGCUGGAUCUCUCGCUGAUCCCCUCCAGCGGUCGGGGCUCCCUUCCCGGAAGUGGUCACGUCUCGCUGGAGGCAUUGCAGCAUACCAAAGUGGCGGUGGCCCAGUUCGCCGCCUCGGCGAUGGCGGGUGGCCACCAGUCCGCUGAUUUGGCCAUGGUGCAGUCCACCAUCUUCAACGUGCAGCGGCAGCACCUGAUGCAGCUGCAGCUCAUCCAGCACCUGCAGAGUCAAUUGAAAAGGGCGGAGGCAGUGGCCUUGGGUCGCCAGCUUCCGAGUGAUGAAGAAGAGGAUCAGGAGCAGGAUCAGGAGGAGGAGCAGGAACAGGAGAAGGAGAAGGAGCGGGAGUCCAAGAAGCCACCAAGCAAUGGAUUAAAGCAGGAGGAGAUGGAGGAGAAUGAGGAGGAGGAGAGGGAGCGGGAGAGGGAGGAGAAGGAGCGGGAGGAGAGUUCAAAGACUGACAAGAGGAACGCAGAGGAGCAGAAGACCGACUACCAACCCAUGAUGUGCGACAUCAGCUCGAGCUUGGCCUCCAGCAUCAUCACCAACCACGAUCCGCCGCCGGCGCCCAACGAGCCCAAUUGCUUGGAGAUGCUGCAGCGGCGGACGGAGGAGGUGCUGGACUCCGCCUCCCAGAGCCUGCACGCCGCCCAGAUGCAGGAGGAGUACUCCGAGUACGCCUCCAAGGAGGCCCAGAGUCGCGGCGAGAUCUUCAAGCACCGCUGCAAGUACUGCGGCAAGAUCUUCGGCAGCUACUCCGCCCUGCAGAUCCAUUUAAGAUCGCACACCGGCGAGCGACCCUUCGUGUGCAACGUCUGCGGCAGCAAGUUCACCACGAAGGGCAACCUGAAGGUCCACUACCAGCGGCACACGCAGAUCUUCCCGCCCAUGCUGCUGCCACCAGGAGUGGCGCCCAACGUGGGGCAUUCGGGGCAGGGGCAGGCUGACCUGUAUCCCCCUCGCCUUCCCUUCGCUCCUCCAGUGGCGCCUGGAGCUCAGGAGCAGGCUCACCAGCCAGUGGAGGAGCAGGAGGAAGUCCGACUGGAGGUUCCCACUCAGCAGGCUGAAGAUCUGAGCAAACCAAUGCCUAGGGAAAAGGAGAAGUCCCAUUCACCCGUGGAGAGGGUCAAGACCCCCAAAGAGCCGAAGCCAGAAGUUGUGCCACCGGAGCCAAAGCCCGAGAAGGAGGUCACCAAACCAGUGGCGACCCCGUCGCGUCGCAAUGGUUCCGUUCGCAAGCGACAGACGAGCAACACAGGGAGUCCUCCGCAAGAGGAAAGGGAACGAGAGCGAGAUCUCGCCGAGCACCUGCACAUAGCUAAGCUGGUGAGACGCUCCUCUGCGAGCAGGGAAGCCCAGCCAGCGGAGUACUCCCUCGCUCAGAUGGAGCGCAUCAUCGACAAGUCCUGGGAGGACCUCAUCGAGAUCGACAAGACGUCGGAGACCUCGAAGCUGCAGCAGCUGGUGGACAACAUCGAGAACAAGCUCACGGAUCCCAACCAGUGCAUCUUCUGCCAGAAGGUCAUGUCCUGCCGGAGUUCCCUGCAGAUGCACAUAAGGACGCACACCGGGGAGCGUCCCUUCCGCUGCAAGAUCUGCGGAAGGGCCUUCGCCACGAAGGGGAACCUCAAGGCCCACAUGAGCAUCCACAAGAUCAAGCCGCCGAUGCGGAGCCAGUUCAAGUGCCCCGUGUGCCACCAGAAGUUCUCCAACGGCAUCAUCCUGCAGCAGCACAUCCGCAUCCACACCAUGGACGAUGGCAGUGGUGGUCAGGCUGGCUCCUCUGCCAAUCCCGGAGAGGCAGAGCGGCUGGGAAUCGAGGACCAGAACUCGAACAAGUCGCUGGGAACGUCGGACACCCUGGACUUCUCCACCACCAUCUCGGAUCACUCGGGUCAGAGGUCGGAGUCCUCGCAGGGCGGGGAUUUCGACGAGUUCAUGACCAUGGACAGCACAGACGAUUCCAGGGACAACUCGAGUGCAGCCACAGCUACUCCUCAUCCGCUGGAAAGGGAAAGGGAUAGAGAGGGAGUAAGGGAUCGGGAUAGGGAAAGGAGGAUGCCCAACGAUCCCUCUGAAGAGAGAUCCCACUCCAAUCCCGAUUUGGGCGGAGGACGCAGCGAGAGUGGGGAAAUCCCCGCCAUGGAUCUCUCCUCGCCUUCUUCAGCCUCCGGUCGAAUCUUCGCCAGCGGUCUGCCCAACGGGAGUUCUGGAGGAGGGGGUUCCGGAAGCGGAGGUCUCCCCAUGCUCGGGAUGCCCAUGCCCCCCAAUCUCCUCCUCAUGGCCGCCGCCCGCGAGGAGAUGCACGCCCUCGGCCACGCCCACGCCAAAUUCCCCCUGCUGCCCUUCGGUCCUCUCGGAUUCAUGGGUCUGCACCCGCCCCCCAAUGUGUGCAAUUUCUGCUUCAAGAUGCUGCCCAGCCUGGCCGCCUUGGAGAGCCAUCUGCAGAGCGAACAUGCCAAAGAACCGGCGACGGGCCACGCCCACCGCCCCCACAGCAGUGACGCGGGAUCACCGUACGGUGCAAAGCUCACUCUCAAUCCAAAUCUGUUUGCGAAGAAGCCGCCUUCCUCCUCGAAUGACAAGUUGCCGGAGCCAUCUGCCCAGCCCUUCGCCCCCGAGAAUCCCCCGGCGACGCCGAUCAAAGAGGAUCCCGACCAGGAGCAGUUGAUGGCGGAGGAGGGGGCAUCGGCUGGCGAAGGAUCCGCUAGUGGAGCUGCCCCGAAUUACCAGCAGGAAUCUGGGGAUGCAGAGCAAUCUCUGAUGAAGAUGCAGCUUCAUGCCCAUCGCUUUCCUGCCAGUCCCCUCGACUUCCAGCAGGCUCUGAUGUCCGCAGGACCUCCGACUUCCAGCUUGGAUCCUCCGGUGAACAACAAGCACUUCUGCCACGUCUGUCGGAGGAACUUCAGUUCCAGUUCCGCUCUGCAGAUCCACAUGCGAACCCAUACUGGGGAUAAGCCCUUCCAGUGCAACGUGUGCCAGAAGGCCUUCACCACCAAGGGAAAUCUAAAGGUGCACAUGGGCACCCACAUGUGGACGAAUCCCACUUCGCGACGAGGUCGUCGGAUGUCCUUGGAGCUCCCCAUGCGUCCUGGUCCGAACUCGGGACAGGGUCAUCCUGGAUCGAGUGCCGAGCAGGAGUUCAUGCAGCGGAGACCGGAGCUCUUCUUUCCCUACCUGCCGCCCUUCUUCAAUGGAUUGCCACCAAAGCCCGGUGAACUGAGUCCCGGCGCCUUUCCCAACAUCCCCCCGCCACCGUUCGCCAACGGCGGGAAGUACCCCUAUCCGCCGGGACUGCUGGGAUUCCCCGGCUUCCUGGCCCAGCACCCCUACGGAAUGGAGCGGCGGAGCAGCAGCAAGUCGCCCACGCCGGAGCCGGCGCAGAGUCCUUCGCUGCGGGAGGAGGAGGGAUCGGGGAGCAUCUGGCACCCGCUGAGUCGCAUCAAGGUGGAGAGCAAUCAAAACGAGGCACUGGAGGAUCACCAGGAGGCAGAGGCGGAGGCUGCGGGAGGGGACCACGAGGAGUCGGAGUCCAGGGACGGGGAGAAGUAACCAGGGAGAACGAAAGAGGAGGAACUGAUGAGAUCUUAGUCUUGGAACACACAUGGUUUUUGUGGAGUACAUAUCUUGAGCACUACCCUACGCUAAGCUUCAACUGGCACC